UUUUUUCGGCCGCAAAAAAAACAUGGCCACUUGGCGCCAUUAGCGCCAAAAACGGCAUUCACAAAGCUUCUUGGGAGCGCGAACCACUCUCCCAUUCGCCCCCUCGUCACGUCAUCAUUCCUUCGCAUACGCCUAUUGCAUCCUUCUCCUUCUGCUUCUCUUCUUCGCCGUCGUCCCCAUGUCAACCCCACAGCCUCAUUCCUCCUUUGAAGUCAUUGGAGGUGCCCGGGACCGCUUCCUUCAUUCUCUCUCUUACCUGUCCCGUCCUUUCUCUCCUUUCCCCUACAUUGCUUCGAAUCGCCACGUCGAGACCAUUUUUGCCUCUUUUUUCAGGUCUGCUCCUAAAGUCAGGUACCGCCGUCAGUGUAUUCGCACCAAAGACGGCGGCGUUGUGGCUGUCGAUUGGGUUUCCGGAGACGAUCGACUGUUGCCUCCCGAUUCUCCUGUGCUUAUCUUGCUGCCAGGUUUAACCGGGGGCAGUGAAGCUUCUUAUGCAAGACAUCUGUUGAUUAGAGCCCGAAGUAAAGGAUGGCGCGUUGUCGUCUUCAAUAAUCGUGGCUGCGGAAAUAGCCCUGUUAUCACUCCACAGCUCUAUUCAGCUUCGUUUCUAGGAGAUCUGCGUGAGGUAAUCUCCCAUGUCAACAAACUAUACCCUGAUGCUAAUAUAUACGCUGUCGGUUGGUCACUUGGGGCAAACAUUCUUGUUCGUUACCUUGGUCAGGAAACUCAUGCUUGUCCUCUUUCUGGCGCUGUGUCGCUGUGUAAUCCCUUCAAUUUGGUUUUGACGGAUGAUAACUUUCACAAGGGCUUCAACAAUGUUUAUGACCGGGUUCUCGCAAAAGGUCUUCGCAAAAAUUUCAAAAAGCAUGCUUUACUCUUUGAAGAUAUUGGCGGUGAAUAUAACAUUGAAUUGGCGAUCAAUGCCAAGUCUAUCAGGGAAUAUGAUGAUGGACUGACCCGUGUUUCUUUUGGUUUCAAGUCAGUGGAUGAAUACUACUCCAAUUCCAGCAGCGCAGACUCAAUAAAACAUGUUCAAAUUCCUUUGCUCUGCGUCCAGGCUGCCAACGACCCAAUUGCUCCUUCUGGGGGAAUACCUCGUGAAGAUAUCAAGGAAAACCCAAAUUGCUUGUUGAUAGUGACGCCCAAAGGCGGUCAUUUGGGUUGGGUUGCAGGUGAUGAUGCUCCAUUUGGAUCACCCUGGCCUGAUCCACUGGUGAUAGAUUUUCUUGAACAUCUGGAGAGUGGAUCCGCUAAGUCGGGUACAUCUUGGUUAAAUCCAGAAGGCAAUCAUCAAAGCAAAGGCAUGGCAUCACCUUGAAGUGUAGUUUUUGCACGUUGGCGAACAUUUCAAUCUUUACACAUUAUAUACACGCGAUUGAGAAUACACUCCAUGUUCAUGAUCCCAUUCGGAGCCCCCCAAGAUGCUGCUGCAGGGGACAACUCAGGAUUUAAGAAAAAUUCUGAACUUGUGUCACAGAGAACUCUGUCUCUCGGAUCUCAGUGCUAUGGAUGACCAGUGAACAAGAAAGGUAAGUUAGUAAGUACCGUGUUCCCAUAUCUCCAUCUCAUUUCCAUGCCACGAUUUUCUGUAUUCAAACUCGACGGCAUUAUUCUGCCCUUGUAUUGAAAAUUAAUGACGGUAUUUCAAGAGCAUUUGCCAAU